AUGACGACAGCAACGGGAGACUACACAGUCACACCUGCACCGUUCCCAGCACGUUCGAAGUCUGUUUCGUCAAGCAUAAAGGGCAUGGAGACAACUGCAACGUCCAUGUCAUUCGCAGACAAAAUUCUUAUUACUGUCACCCAACAAGGCCGUCUGGCCCACUGGGUACACGUACCACUCGACAUCUCGGCGACCGACGCUUCAAUGACAUCGCAAGCCUUUCUCGAUCGCGACGACGAAGACCCCACGUCCAGUCUCCUGCCUAUGCACCACCUCACUGCAACCACAAUCCUCGGUGGCACAAUUCCAGAGCUCGAAGUUUUGGGCCAGACCCUUGCGACUCAGAUCGCCAGUGCUAUCAAGACGCAGAACGACAGGGAGACACGGAUGGUAGUGCUCGGCAUGGGACUGGACAAGGACAUGAGCGGAAGAACAGAGUUCAGUGAUUUGGUAGGGCUAGUGUUGGAAGUAUUGUGA